ACGUCUAGGAUAGAUCUAUCAAAAUCAAAAGCACCUCUCUCUCUCUCUCAAAUUUUCAAAAACCCCUAUUUAUUAGAACUUUUACCUCUCACCACAAUCCCCCGCCAUCACUUGCCGCCACACACCACCAUGGCCUUGGAUCCCCAACCCACUCCCACCACCACCACCACAACCACCACCACCACACGUCCUCUCACAAACAUAAACACAAACACAUCCCCUGCACAACCAGCAAGACCCGUGUAUGUUCAAAACCCACAUCCCCACCACCAGCACCACCAAAUCCCCCAUUUGUACCCACAAGUCCGAUCCCCAAACCCCGCCCAACAAGGAAUCCUCUACCCUGUUGCCUCCUCUGGCCGUGGCUUCAUUCCCAAACCACCUCUUCAAAACUCUGUCACUGUUGCCACCAACAACAAUGUUACAACAGCAGCAACUACUACAAGUGGUGUUGGUGUUGGGUACCCCACUCGGCCUUUGGUCUCUUAUCCUCAAGUCCAUGUGAUGAGGCCUCCUCUUCACCACUUACACCAGCAACACCCAACUUCUCAGCUCCCCUCUGCUACAAACCCCAUCAAGGGCAUUCCUAUCUCUACGCACCAAAAGGUUGCUCCUCCAACUUCAGUUUCUGACUAUAAUGGCUAUAAGGAUCCCAGGGACAAAAGUAUGGAUGCUUUCUCUAGAGGCAAAACUGUAGACGAGUCUUUGUACACGAUCAGAGAUCGAAAAGUCAAUAUAACACCAGAUGCUUCUCUAUAUGCACUUUGUCGAUCAUGGUUGAGGAAUGGUAUCUCUGAAGAAUUUCAGCCACAAUAUGGGGAUGUUGUGAGGCCUUUCCCAAAACCUUUGCCUAUAUCCACGGCAAGCACUCAUCCGUCAAAGAAAAAGGAAGGUGAAGAAGAAGAAGAAGAAGAUGAGGAGGGUGACGAAUCUGUUGAGGAUUUAUCACCGAAAGAUCUGUUAAAGAGACACGUUAAGCAUGCUAAAAAGGUUCGAGCGCGAUUAAGGGAAGAGCGGUUACGACGAAUUGCGAGGUAUAAGAGUAGGCUUGCUCUCCUCCUUCCUCCCCUUGUAGAACAGUUCAGAAAUGAUACAGCUGCUAGAAACUGAUGCACUUUGAACACACAUUAUCGUCAAAAUUGGGGUAUCCUCAUGAGAUGCAUGCAAAGGCAGUAGAUCAGUGUUUCAGGAAUGACGAGAAAGUGAAAGUACUCAAAUUUGCUGGCAGGCUUUGAUGAUCAAGAUUCAAGCCAGACGAUAGGAAAACCAUUAGCGUCAUAUGCUUUUGAAUAUACAUAGAAAUGUUGUCUUUGGUAAAAAUUUUACAAACCAGAGUGCAAAAAUUGUUCUCUUCUGUGUAAUUAAUUAAAUUUUUUGUUCAAAGAUGUUUUCUACUUCCUCAGAAACCCCCAGUCAUUUGGUAGUAACAUAGUUUGUCUUCUCUUGAAGAUUAUAAAUUCAAGUGCUGAGUUUUUGUUUGUUU